ACGCUGACUCUGCUUCUGACUCUUCACUCCAUGAAGCUCUAAGAUCAUGUACCGACCCGCACCGGCUUCGAUUCGCGCCGCGACCUGCGCCGGCUUCGAUUCGCGCCCCGUCGUGACAUUUUCUAAGUUGGCAGUAUGCUGAGAACGCUGUUUUUUUACGAGUCAGCUGGAAUCACCUGUGUGCCCACAGACUGUUUGCACUUGAAAACCAAACAGUUUUAAUGAUAUUUGGUUAAAAGUUUGGAGAACUAGAAAACAGGAAAAUAAAAAUAGCUAAUUAAUUAAUGAAUUAGUUGUUAGUUUGGAGACAAAAGGAUUUGAGUUUGUGUUAAAUCUAUAAUUUAAUAAAUCAUGAUUUUACUAACAUAAUUUCUCACGCAUGAGUAAGUCAUGAAGAACAAAUCUAAGAACAAAACUGAAACCAAACAUUGAUAUUUCCAUUUAAAAAACUAAUGCCACUGAUGACCAAGUCAUUACUCAUGUAAUGUUGUGCCUUGUGUGUGGAUUAAUACAGGAUCUUUUCUGCAGAAGUUUUCUUCUUUUCAGCUUUCAGCUUCUCUGCUCUUCUCUGCGUAAUCUGUGGCUGUUGAUGCAUGUUUCUCUGACCUCAGGAAUGCAGUCAGCUUGUUAAAUAGUCUUGUUGCUUGCACAUUUCUUUUCCAGGACGCUGUUAGUCCUCUCACUGGGUCUCUCCUCUUUUGGGUUUCUGAACUUUCUGGAACCUUCAGUGCGUUUUUUACUGUUUCAGCUUCACCGUUUCAUGGUGCUCUGGGAAACAUGCAGAUUUUGUGACAGGCUCUGUGAAAGAACAGUCUAGCAGCAGUGCUGUGGUCCUCGCUGAUGACCUGAAAAACCCGGCGAUGGAAAAACUUGAGUUGGUCAGGAAGUGGAGCAUUAACACGUACAAAUGCACUAAACAGAUCCUGUCGGAGAAGCUGGGUCGUGGUUCACGCACUGUGGAUCUGGAGCUGGAGGCUCGUAUUGAUGUGCUGCGUGAUAACAAGCGUAAAUAUGAGCAGGUGGUGAAGCUGGCACAGACACUGGCCAAUCAGCUCACGCAGGUGAUGCAGACGCAGCGUCAACUGGGCGACGCCUUCGCUGACCUUAGCCUCAAAACACCUGAGCUGCAUGAGGAGUUUGGCUACAAUGCUGAGACUCAGAAGCUCCUGUCUAAGAAUGGUGAGACUCUAUUAGGAGCCAUCAACUUCUUCAUAGCCAGCGUCAACACUCUGGUGGACAAAACCAUCGAGGACACCAUGGUCAACAUCAAACAGUAUGAAGCAGCUAGGGUCGAAUAUGAUGCGUAUCGUACGGAUCUGGAGGAGCUGAAUCUCGGCCCGCGCGACGCCGCCACACUGCCCAAGAUCGAGCAGUCUCAGAUCCAAUUCCAGAUCCACCGCGAAAAAUAUGAGAAGAUGCGCAAUGAUGUCUCCAUUAAACUCCAAUUUCUGGAGGAGAAUAAGGUGAAGGUUCUCCACAAUCAGCUGAUCCUCUUCCACAACGCCAUCGCUGCGUAUUUUGCUGGAAACCAACAGCACCUGGAGCAGACCCUGCGACAGUUCCACAUCAAACUGAAAAUGCCUGGUGCAGACACGCCCUCCUGGUUAGAGGAACACUGAGUCUUAAAGUAAACCCCCCUCAAAGGUCCUGCAAGUGUUUUGUUCCAGAGAGGAAGCAGGAAGUUCAUACACUCCUCAAAUACUAAAAAUCUCAGAAAUACCCCGUCGUCUUGCCAUUUUUCUGUUUGUUGUUUUUUUCCACUCAAGGACACUAAAUUGUUCAGAAAUUUAAAGUUGUGUUUGGAGGGAAAAAGAAAACCUAAGAACAAAUGAUUUCUCUUUCAGUUCCUCAGUUAGAUUUUGAAGCGAGUGUUUAUCUGGGAGAAGAGUUUUGUUCUUGUGUGGGUGAAAAUCAGACGUGCACUUUAAUAACAUCCUAAAACAGUUACGACAAAUCAGAUCUUUUUAUAAAAAUAGAAAAUAUUUUAUUGAAUGUAAACCACAGGGUCUAAAAAAUAAGUCCAGGUCUGUCCAAAGUCUUUUUCCUGCUCUGGUUCUUCUGCAUUUCGUAUAAACCCGAGUGAUUUCUCUUCAUCAUUUCCACUGGAAAAAAUCCAGUUUCCAGAGUGGCCAGGUCCUGGACCAGUGAGUCAGGUGUUUUGUCUAUUUUGGAAAAGUAGUAGUUUGAUGUGUGUCCUGUUUUUAUUAAGUAGUGCAGAGGGCAAAUCUUACUGUGUGGAUUUAAAACCCUUUAUAUUUAAUAUUAAUGAGUUAAAAUGAAUUUUUUCAGAAACUUUCACUUUGAACUCAACUUCAGUACUGUGCCUUUUCUCUCUCCAGCAAACAGUUAAAAAAAAAACAACAACAAAAAAAAAACAACAACAAAAAAAAAACAACACAGAGGUGGACCACACACGCAGCAGUAUAUGUGUAUAUUAAUAAUGUUUAACUAAAAGGAGCUACAGUAACUUUUUCACUCUUUACUUUAUUAUAACUUUAUA